AUGUCGAUUCCAAAUCCUUUUGGACUCUAUUGCAUAGUGGAACUCAAUUAUAACGGAGUACCAGUAUUUUUUCGUCAUCACUUCUCUUAUGCUAAUGAUUUUACGUAUACAAUAGAUGAUAAUGAUUUUGCUCGUCUCACUUACUCUAAGUUUGUGACGCGUCUUGAAUGUUACAUGCAAGAAGAGUUCAAGAAAGUUUAUUAUUACGAGUCAGACAAAACAUUACCGGAAGGAAUUCGCCCUAUUGCAAACGAUGUUCACUAUGCAUCUUUCAUAUUUGAUGCUUAUGGAACAUAUGGUAAAAUUUAUGUAUAUGUGGACCAUUAUGGUGUUGAAAUAGAACAAUGGUUUGGUCAGAUCAAUUAA